UUGCUUUAAGUUUGCAGAUACAAUCCAAACACAUAAUGGAUCAGAGGAACCAAACUAUCGUGACAUUUUUCAUCUUUCAAGGAAUUUCAGAUCUCCCUGAACUACAAACUCUAAUCUUCUUUCUGGUGUUGUUCAUUUAUCUAUUAUCCCUUGGUGUUAACUUGACCAUUUUUUUGCUGGUCUGUCUGGAUCAUCAACUUCACACACCAAUGUACUUCCUCUUGACCAAUCUGUCUGUCUUGGACAUGUUUUCCACCACUGUCACUCUUCAUAACAUUCUCAUUGGCUUUAUAAUAGGGGACAACACAAUUUCUUAUGGCGCUUGUCUUUCUGAAAUGUACAUUUAUGGAUUUUUGAUUUGUGAUGAGUUGCUGAUUCUUACAGCUAUGAGCUAUGAUCGCUACGUGGCUAUUUGUAACCCUUUGCAGUACCAUUUGGUUAUGAACCGCAAAGUAUGUAUUUUGUUGGGAAGUUGGCUUUUAGGCAUUUUAGAGGUUAUUCCUUAUAUAGUAAUAUUGGCAGGAUUCACAUGUUAUACGUCAAAUGUAAUAAAUCACUUUUUUUGUGAUCUUGUGCCACUUGUUAAACUUUCCUGCAGUGAUACCACUGCUAUGGAGAUAGUGUGCCUUGCAGAUGGAUUUGUGCUGAUUAGCUUUACCCCCUUUAUGUUAACAUUUAUCUCUUACAUUUUCAUUAUUUCUAGCAUACUUCGAAUAUCUUCUAAAAUUGGUAGAACGAAAGCUUUUUAUACAUGUUCUUCACAUCUAACUGUAGUCAUACUUCUUUAUUCAUCUCUUUUCUUCCAGUACUUAAAGCCAACUUCAUUGAAUACCACAAGAUCAAAUAAGUUUUUCUCCUUAUAUAACACAGCUGCACUUCCUCUCUUAAACCCUCUGAUCUACAGCUUUAAAAACAAAGAUGUGAAGUCAGCAAUGAUGCGAACUGCACACUGGUUUAAAGUUUGUAUGUGA